AUGGCGGCUCCUCAUCCAGCGGCGAAGAAAGCGGGCUCAAGAGUGACAUUUGUCGGUAACAUCCCUUAUCAAGUAUCUGAAGAACAGCUCAUUUCCAUCUUCUCUGAGGUCGGUCCGGUCGCAGGAUUCCGUCUGGUGUUCGACCGCGAUACUGGCAAGCCCAAAGGCUAUGGCUUCUGCGAAUUCUUCGAUCCCGAGACGGCAGCAUCGGCUGUGCGGAAUCUCAAUGAUGUAGAAGUGGGAGGGAGGAACUUGAGGAUUGACUGGGCUGAUGUAGAUCCAGUCUUCCAAGGCAAGACGACGCAGAAUGGACAGAUUGAGGGGGAGCUGCCCAAGAGGGAAGGGCGGAGACCUGGGAAUCCAGGAGGACCACAACAGGGAGGCUUUGGAGGCGGCAUGGGUGCAGGCGCAGGUGGACCGCCCCCACCUCUCGGUAUGGGGGGUGAGGGACCACCACAAUUCAACACCAGCAAUCUACCUCAGGGGGCGCCUCUGCAGCCAGGCGUGUCGGCUACGGAUGCAAUUACGCAGACCCUGGCAACCCUCCCGCCGAAUCAACUGCUGGACAUCAUGGGUCAGAUCAAAUCGCUUAUCCUCACAUCACCACAGUCAGCUCAAGGACUCCUCACAUCACACCCUCAACUCACAUAUGCCCUCUUCCAAGCAAUGCUCAUGAUGAAUCUGGUGGAUCCAGCUAUCCUCCAGCGUAUCUUGGCAGGCAGUGGCGCUCUCACAGCUGGCGGCCCAUCGCAACAACCUCCACAGCAGCAGCAAGGCCGCUACCCUGGCGCACCGCCUCAACCGCCAGGAUCGGCUCCUGCACCACCGCCCGGACAAUAUGGUGGAGGAGCAGGAGGGUACGGUCAGCCCGGACCACCACCUUCCCCAGCUGCCGCUGGUGGAGCUGGGGGAAAUCUAGAGGACUCGCAACGGCAGCUCUUGAUGCAGGUUCUGAGCUUGACAGACGCGCAGAUUGCUGCGCUGCCUGCUGAUCAGAGGGAUAGUAUCAUGUUGCUGAGGAAGCAGUAUGGCAAGUAG